AACAGGACAGAGGACCCAGGCUGCAGCCAGCUUAGAGAAGAGCUCACCUCCUGCCAGACUAGCCAGCUGUGGAAACAGCUGUGCAGCAAAGAAAAGGAGCCCACCCUCUUCUUCUGUCCCAUUUCCCACUCCUGUUGUGGGAUUUGGGGGACUCCUGGAGCAGGUCUUUGGCCAACUUCCCUUCUGGGCAGAACCUUAAAUUCAGGAGCUAAAGGCUCUGCUCCCUCAUAUCUUGGGCCAAAGUCCCAGGGUCCCAGUCAGGGGGUCCAGCUCCGUGGAGAUGCCAGCAGCCCGUCGGUUCCCUGGCCUGGAGCUUUCUUUCCCUCUCCUGGCCAGACUACGGCGACGCCUGUACACAAGGCUGGGGAGCAGCAGCAUGCAGCCCGAGGAGGGCACGGGCUGGCUGCUGGAGCUGCUGUCCGAGGUGCAGCUACAACAGUACUUCCUGCGGCUCCGCGAUGACCUCAAUGUUACCCGCCUGUCCCACUUUGAGUAUGUCAAGAAUGAGGACCUGGAGAAGAUUGGCAUGGGCCGGCCUGGACAGCGGCGAUUGUGGGAGGCUGUGAAGAGGAGAAAGGCCAUGUGCAAACGCAAGUCUUGGAUGAGCAAGACCUCCCUCCUCCAAGGUCUUACCGGGCAGGGUACUUGUAGGACCACCCAGCUAAGUGUCUGUCUCCACCAGAGAUGGCACGUGUUCAGUGGAAAGCGACUGGAGGCUGAGUUCCCUCCUCAUCACUCUCAGAGCACCUUCCGGAAGACCUCGCCCACUCCAGGGGGCCCAGCAGGGGAGGGGCCCUUGCAGAGCCUCACGUGCCUCAUUGGGGAGAAGGACCUGCAUCUCUUUGAGAAGCUAGGAGAUGGCUCCUUUGGCGUGGUGCGCAGGGGCGAGUGGGACGCCCCCUCGGGGAAGACGGUGAGUGUGGCUGUGAAGUGCCUGAAGCCUGAUGUGCUAAGCCAGCCAGAGGCCAUGGAUGACUUUAUCCGGGAGGUUAAUGCCAUGCAUUCCCUGGACCAUCGAAACCUCAUUCGUCUCUAUGGUGUGGUGCUCACGCCGCCCAUGAAGAUGGUGACAGAGCUGGCGCCGCUGGGAUCGUUGUUGGACCGGCUGCGCAAGCACCAGGGCCACUUCCUCCUGGGAACUCUGAGCCGCUACGCCGUGCAGGUGGCUGAGGGCAUGGGCUACCUAGAGUCCAAGCGCUUUAUUCACCGUGACCUGGCUGCCCGAAAUCUGCUGUUGGCCACCCGUGACCUGGUCAAGAUUGGGGACUUCGGGUUGAUGCGUGCACUACCCCAGAAUGACGACCACUAUGUCAUGCAAGAGCAUCGCAAGGUGCCCUUUGCCUGGUGUGCUCCCGAGAGCCUGAAGACACGUACCUUCUCCCAUGCCAGUGACACCUGGAUGUUUGGGGUAACAUUGUGGGAGAUGUUCACCUAUGGCCAGGAGCCCUGGAUUGGCCUCAAUGGCAGUCAGAUUCUGCAUAAGAUUGACAAGGAGGGGGAACGUCUGCCGCGGCCUGAGGACUGCCCACAGGAUAUCUACAAUGUCAUGGUUCAGUGCUGGGCUCACAAGCCAGAGGACAGACCCACCUUUGUGGCCCUGCGGGACUUCCUGCUGGAGGCCCAGCCCACUGACAUGAGGGCGCUUCAGGACUUUGAGGAGCCAGACAAGCUGCACAUCCAGAUGAAUGACGUCAUCACCGUCAUCGAGGGAAGGGCUGAGAAUUACUGGUGGCGUGGACAGAACACCCGGACACUGUGUGUGGGACCCUUUCCUCGCAACGUGGUGACCUCCGUGGCUGGCCUUUCAGCCCAGGACAUCAGCCAACCCCUGCAGAAUAGCUUCAUCCACACGGGACAUGGCGACAGUGACCCCCGCCACUGCUGGGGCUUCCCCGACAAGAUUGAUGAACUGUACCUGGGAAACCCCAUGGACCCUCCUGACCUGCUGAGCGUGGAACUGAGCACCUCCCGACCCACCCAACAUCUAGGAAGGGUGAAAAGGGAGCCUCCACCUCGCCCACCUCAGCCUGCCAUCUUCGCUCAGAAGCCAACCUACGACCCAGUGAGUGAGGACCAGGACCCUCUGUCCAGCGACUUCAAGAGGCUGGGCCUCCGGAAACCAGGCCUGACCCGUGGGCUGUGGCUGGCGAAGCCCUCAGCUAGGGUGCCGGGCACCAAGGCAGGGCGUGGCGGCGGGAGCGAGGUCACACUCAUUGACUUCGGCGAGGAGCCCGUCGUCCCCGCCCCCCGGCCCUGUGCACCCUCACUGGCACAGCUGGCCAUGGAUGCCUGCUCCUUGCUGGACAAGACUCCACCGCAGAGCCCUACUCGGGCACUGCCCCGGCCCCUGCAUCCCACACCUGUGGUGGACUGGGAUGCCCGCCCGCUGCCCCCGCCUCCUGCCUACGACGAUGUGGCCCAGGAUGAGGACGACUUUGAAGUCUGCUCCAUCAACAGCACCCUGGUGGCUGCAGGGGUCUGUGCUGGGCCCAGCCAGGGUGAAACCAAUUAUGCCUUUGUGCCUGAGCAGGCGCAGCUCCUCCCUCCCCUGGAGGACAAUCUGUUCCUCCCACCCCAGGGUGGGAGCAAGCCGCCCAGCUCGGCCCAGACCGCACAGAUCUUCCAGGCGCUGCAGCAGGAGUGCAUGCGGCAGCUGCGGGUCCCGGCUGGCUCCCUGGUCCCUUCACCUGGCCCAGCCCCAGCGGGUGAGGACAAGCCCCAGGUGCCCCCCCGGGUGCCCAUCCCCCCGAGGCCCACUCGCCCACGUGGUGAGCUGUCUCCAGCCCCCUCAGGUGAGGAGGAGAUAGGGCGGUGGCCUGGACCUGCCUCCCCUCCCCGGGUGCCUCCCCGGGAGCCCCUGUCCCCUCAAGGCUCGAGGACCCCUAGCCCCCUGGUACCACCUGGAAGCUCCCCACUGCCGCCCCGGCUCUCAAGUUCACCUGGGAAGACCAUGCCCACCACCCAGAGCUUUGCCUCAGACCCCAAGUAUGCUACACCACAAGUGAUCCAGGCACCCGGCCCACGGGCUGGUCCCUGCAUCCUACCCAUCGUCCGUGAUGGCAAGAAGGUCAGCAACACCCACUAUUACCUGCUGCCCGAGCGCCCAUCCUACCUGGAACGCUACCAGCGCUUCCUGCGUGAGGCCCAAAGCCCUGAAGAGCCGGCCCCCUUGCCUGUGCCCCUGCUGCUGCCCCCACCCAGCACCCCAGCCCCUGCCGCCCCCACUGCCACUGUUCGACCAAUGCCCCAGGCUGCCCCAGACCCCAAGGCCAACUUCUCCACCAACAACAGUAACCCAGGGGUCCGGCCACCAGCCCUGAGGGCCACUGCACGGCUGCCACAGAGGGGCUGCCCUGGGGACGGGCCAGAGGCUGGACGACCAACAGACAAGAUCCAGAUGGUGGGUGGGUGUGCCCAGCUGCAGGCCAUGGUGCAUGGGGUGACCACAGAGGAGUGCCAGGCGGCCCUGCAGAGUCACAGCUGGAGCGUGCAGAGGGCUGCCCAGUAUCUGAAGGUGGAGCAGCUCUUUGGGUUGGGUCUGCGGCCGCGAAGCGAGUGCCACAAGGUGCUGGAGAUGUGUGACUGGAACCUGGAGCAGGCAGGCUGCCACCUCCUGGGCUCCUGCGGCCCCGCCCACCACAAGCGCUGAGAUGUCUGAAGAGCCAGAGGGUCUGCCCUGAAGGAAUCACUUGAGCCUGUCCAUCUGACAAGGGUGGGGAGAAGACCUGCCCAGGCCUGGAGGACCUGCUGUCACUUGCCGUGGCAGAGCAAAGCCAAGGCAGCAGGAGACUGGGAGCCCCGCCUUGCUGUCCCUCCCUCACCCAGUGCUGUCCCUGCAACUUUGGAUCAGCUCUUGGUGCCCUUAGCCAAGGGGUGGGAAGGAACCCCAUGAAGGCAGGCCUGGUGGCCGCCUCAGCAGGCCCUGCAGCUGACCUGCUUCUGGCUCCAGCCCCUGGUUGGGCCUGUGGCCGGAGUGUGUUUCCAUGCUCUGCCAGUGGGGAAGCCGGGCUUGACUCGUGCAGGGAGGAUGUGUUGGCCACACAGAAAGGUGGACCAGCACCCAGCAAGCCCUCCCAGGGUAGGGCCCUUCUCCAGGGAUCCCCUGGAGGGCAGUUAGGGUGUCGGAGAGAAUGUGACUUGUGGCCUCACCAUGGAUAUGUUAUGGGACUAGGCUGGUCUUAGGAUCUUGUGCCUGGAAAUAGCCCUGAGUGGCUCAGGAAGCAGAGCGAGGGUGCCAGAUUGUUCUCUGGCAGGGACCAGGGCCCAAGGCCCCAGGGUUGGAAGGAGACCAAGGGGGCAGCUGCCCUGGAGGGAUACCAGUGCUUCCUCUUUGACCCAGCUCCUCCCGUGUGCUGUUCUGUGUUUUCCUACCAGCCUGUGUCGCCAAAGUUGCUGCCCCAGCUAUGGAUACCUGCUUCUUCCAGAGAAAUAAAGUUAGUUUCUAUUUUAUGUUA